UACCUUUUGCGAACUGGUGAUUAACGUCCACAGAUGUUAUCAUAUCCCCUACAAUAUAAUGACGCCAAAGUCACUGUGUUAUCUGUUUCUUCCUCCAAACUCCCACUCAUCCCUCCCAAAGAGAAGUAAAAGAAGAAUAACAUCCAAUGGCACUGGCUCAUGGAACCGCAACAACACCGCUUAUGUCCUCUCUUGUUGGUAGUACCUCAUUUAAAGACCAGGGAUCUCUUCUCCUCCGUCGCCGCCCGUACCCAUGCCCGUGCUUGUCCACUUCUGGUAGCAAAAGCAGAAGAGAAGUAGCGGUAGUUUCUGCCUCUCUUUCUGCAGACUACAAUUCUGACUCUCACUCUGUACUCAAAAACUUCCACCAGAAAAAUGCCCUCAAGAUAAUCUCAGGACUUCAAAAUUUUGACAAAGAUAAUGUUGCAUCUGUCGUCAUCGCUGCAGACAAGGGAGGUGCAACUCACGUUGACAUAGCUUGUGAUGUAGAGCUGGUGGAACUUGCUUUGAAGUUAACGUCUCUUCCGAUUUGCGUCUCUUCUGUAGACCCAGAGGCAUUUCUUCCUGCAGUGGAUGCUGGUGCUCAGAUGGUAGAAAUUGGAAACUAUGAUUCCUUUUAUGAAAUCGGCAAGAUAUUCUCUUCAGAACAGAUACUAAAGCUAACUCGGGAGACGAGAAAGAUUCUUCCAUCCAUUACGCUAUCAGUGACAGUGCCUCACACAUUAAGUAUCCCUGAUCAGGUGAAGCUAGCAGAGUUACUGGAGCUUGAAGGUGCUGACAUUAUCCAAACUGAAGGAGGAAAAUGCUCUAGUCCUUCAAAGCCUGGUGUUCUUGGCCUCAUUGAGAAGGCAACACCGACUCUAGCUGCAGCAUAUUCGAUUGCUCGGGCUGUCAGGAUUCCUGUUAUGUGCUCGUCUGGACUGAGUGCUGUUACUGCUCCAAUGGCUGUAUCUGCAGGGGCAGCUGGUGUUGUAUGUAUCUCCCUCUAUGUCCAAAUUUUCAUUUUCUUCUAAAUAGAAAUCCCAAUUGCGUCAAGAAAAUCAAGUAACUAAUGAAAGAUUUGCGUAACUUUAUAUAAUAACUGUCUUAAACAAAGAACAUUGUGUGUCCGGGUAUUCUGAAACACAGGAAUGAUGUCGCAGAUUCAAGUAUGAAAAUGCCAAAAAGAAUUAUUGAUUAAAAAAAUACGACAUAAAUAUCUGUCAGUUGUUUAUCGAGUCAAAUUAUUCGAAGAAUGUAACAUGCCAUCCAAUAACAUGACCUUGCGUAUACAACACAUAAUUAAGCAAUAUUCUUUUCUGAUAACGAAGCUGUAAAUUCUAAGCAUUUUCGAU